ACGUCUCAGUCCUUCAUGUUUGCAUUGUGAUUAUGAUGAUGGGCGGAAAAUGAUAAAAACAAGAUCCUUGUUCCCUGCUACAAAAAGAGGGUCCGCCCUGAAUUAACAAACAACCGCUGACCUACUUGCAAACGACAAUGACCAUCAUGCACCACUGGAAACGCCUUCUGCGUUACGUCUUAAUAAACUGAAGGAAGACAGCGGAUGUCGAUUGUUUCAAAGCGUUGGCGCUAAUGUUGAUUUUGCCCUCAUUUUGAUGUCAGCUUUACUCAACCAAAGGCUCGACUAACCUGUCAGAUCAGACAAUGUUAAGUAUGUUAAGUAUUAGCCAAAAUUCACCAAAUUACAGAUAGCAUAACGUUAGCUAGGACUUAGCCAGGGUUGCUGUUUCCAUGGUGAUGAAACUACGUUUAACGACAGUACUACUUACUAGCACGCUACUGAUUUUAGCUAAUCUAAGUUAGCACUUUAAUUGUUUGCUAGACCAACAGCUUGAUUACUAAUGUGAACAGAUAUGUCAUCUGGGUUUCAACCCUCCGACCCUCGGAGUGUUGAGCUUUCCAGCAAUAAUCACGUUUUACAAGUUGAAUCUCCAUCGAAACACACAAGAAAAACACAAGCAGCAGCAGGAAAAACUGAGACACAUGACGCCUCUCCUCGGCUGAGAUUUAACAGCCUAACACUGGAUGAACUGAGUGAGGAGCUUGACAGGCGCACCAAGGAAACCCAGAGGCUUCAGGAAGAGGUGGAACAUGCAACCAAACUGACCUUGGAGAGAUUUGGCUGCACAUACGGCAUUAAAAGCCCACAUGGACAAAGCUGCCACAACCACAGGUUUAUUGUCUGUGAUUCACCUGGGGAUUGCACCAUUCUUUCAACCCACCAACAGGCAGUGGCUCAGUCCCUGGUCUGUGAUCUGGAUAGUUUAAACCAAGGGGUGGCCCAAAAAGAUAUCACCUCUCCUGGAAAGGAGGUGUUGGAGAGUGCAAUCGAUGACUGCCUGCACCAGUUGUCUGACUUGCAGCUCAACAAGUCACAUGAUCAACCUGAACAAGAGACAUUCAGUGUUGACAAAGCCAUUGUGAACCUGCAGAAUAAGUUGCAUGGAGUCCAGAUGGAGAAGGACGUCCUGUCUGACCUCAGAUUGAAGGAUUCGCAGAAACACGUCAUUCAGAUGGAAAAGAUGCUGUGCAUGUUGGAAGAGCUCCAAAACAUCAAAAGGGCCGGGGACCAGAAGCUGCAGGAGACAGAGGAUGAGGCUUUGGCGCUUAACUGGAAAGUAGAGACAUUGGAACGAAACAUGAAGGAGAUGUACUCUUCACUGUUAUCUCACGAGAAACAAUGUGGACACAACUCCAUCACCAGUCCAAACGUCGCCGCUAGUUCAAGACAGCUUUUCCCAUCUGCUGAGUUAACUGAGAAUUUUAUCGAUGAGACAGAGAAGCUACAGGGGAGACCUUUUUUGUCACUAGAACAUCUGAGAAGUGAAGAAUCCAGUGGAGUAAAUAAGCAAAAAGAAAGAAUGGAAGACCUGAUUGCAAGUCUUGGCCAGGAGAUGGCACUGUUGACUGACAAACUGAGCUCAUCAAAAAACAACAGCGUCAGUUUAAGUGUCAAGUUGGAGCUGUUAAAGAAACUUGCAGAGAGACAGACUUCACUGCACCAGUGUCAGGUCAUUGAACUUGAGUCAACCCUCUCCACCCAUAAAGAUAAGGUUUGUUGCCUGGAGCAGCAGCUCAUCCAGGCUCAGUCCCAGCUGGUGGAUGCACAAAGACACAGAGAGCGAUCUUUACAACUCUCAGAGGAGCUUCAGUCCCAGCUUGGCCAACUUAAGAGGUGCGGUAAGCAGCAGCAGUGUGAGCUCCAGGAGGAGGUAAAGGCCCUGAGAGGACGACUGGAGGUGGCCAUGGAGCACCUCCGCAGAGGUGGGGAGGAGAAGACCUGCCUACAGGCCCUGCUGGAGCAGAGGGUCCAGGAGGGGAGGAAAUCCCAGGAACUCCUGGAGGAGAAAAACAGGGAACUCCAGCUCAUGCAGCAAGAAGCCCAUCAUCAUCUUGCCAAGUUGGAGGAGGCCCAGAGACGGUGCCAGACACUGCAUGCAGAAGGAGAGACGCUGAGGCUGAAGCUGGAUGAAGGCGAGAAGAUGAUUGAUAUUCUCAGGUUGCAGGUGGAGAGCAGCACCGUUAUGAUAGUGCAGCACAGGCGCACCAUCGACAACCUUCACCAGGAGAACAGCCUCCUCAGCAAUCAGCUAAACCAGCACAAGCUUGAGAGUCAGCAGCUCAAGACUGAGUUAGACCAGCACAAGUCAGACCUGGCUGCUGCAGAGCACGAGAGGCGGCAGCUACAGGCCUCUGUGGCUGAACAAAGUCACCGUGUCAGGGAGGAAACUCUGGAGAAACAGCAGCUCACCACCUUACUGGAGCUCCAGCGCGUGCAGUUACUCACCCUCACUAAGGAGCACAAAGAGCUGCAGCAGCUGCACAGCUGUAAGAACGAGGAGCACAAGGGUGUGGUGCUAAAGCUUCAGAGCCAGCUGAGGAUCGCCCAUGACGAGCUGGACCACGCCAGGAGCACCUUGAGCACCCUGGAAGGCGCCGAUGGACACGGCCUCCUAGUAGCCAUGGACAUGCAGAAGAAGAUCACUGCCAGGAGAGAGGAGAUCGACUCUCUGCAGGGCAAAAUCCAACAUUUAGAGGAGACCAUAGAGAAGCUUCAGCAGGAGAAGCGCUACCAGAGCCUGGAGCACCUGCGUCAGCUCCAGCAGCUUACCUCCGUAAGGGAGGAGAAGAGAAAGCUUGGCAGUGAGCUGGAGGCCAUUCGCUCUAAAGAUAAACAGUUAAGGGACCGGAUCAGCCAGCUGGAGGUGAUCCUUCACAAGAUGUCAGAGAAAUUUACAGACUGUCAAGAUUUCAUCCAGCUGCAGGAGCAGGACUUUUUCCGUCUCAAACUCCAACAUGCCCUGGACUUGAAGGAGCUUCAAGGUCAGAAUUUGCACACACCUCUGAACGUACCUCCACUUGACCUGGACUUCCCAUCACUAGCUGUACUCACCACUCCACCUUCUUCCCAGCACGCCUCCAACACACAGAUUACGUCAAAGAGGCAGCAGGAGAGCCCCGCCCGGGAGCUCAGGUCUCUCGUCAGAGAGCUGCGAGGAGUGAUUUCGGAGAACUGCAGACCACACACAGACACCAGCGCUGCUGCCGGCAGCAGGAGGAGGUCUGCACCGGAGAGAGUACACCGAACCACAUUCAACGCUGGCAAGGCUGAAGAAGUAAAAGCUGGCUCCAGAUUUAGAAGAAAAACCUGCGGCAGCGAGCCACUCUUACUGAAGACAGCUGAGCUCAACGGGAAAACAAUCAACAAAUCCUUCGGUGAGAGCUGCGUUAUAUCAACUGCAGCGAGGUACACGUCCUCCCCACAGCUGCUCUCACUGGGCCGCAGGUCACCCGUCCACUUACUCCUGACCUCCGACCCAAACAGCCAACAGUGACCGUCACGACACAACACAUCAUCAAAAGCUCCUUUUUUAUUUUGAAAGGCUCCCCAGAUGAUUUUAUCAAAGGAUGGUUUUGUCAAAUAAAAUCACUAAUCAGGCGUAUUUUAUGUAAUUUAUUGUUUAAAUAAAGAAGUAUUUUUGAA